AUGGCGGUUUCUGAUUUUUGCGCAGUAAAUAGUCACUACACAACGAGGAUAGUUCUUCACACAAGGGAUUUCGAGGGAGAACCCCUCCACGCUUUAUCAGCAGCUCUUGAUCUUUUGCAAACUGACAAGGUGCAAGCAAUCACUAGCCUGGAAACGUCAAAUGAAGCAAAGUUUUUGGUCCUAUUGGGAGACAAAGCCAAAAUUCCUAUCCUUUCACUAACCAUAAGUCAUUUAUCCUCAACCAAAUAUCAUUACUUUGUUCAAGUUGCACAAGAUGGAACCACUCAAUUUAAAGGCAUUGCUACCAUUCUUGAAUCUGUCAUUUUUGUUUACGAGGACAUUGACAAUGGGAGGGAAAUCAUAUCAUAUUUCGAUGAAUCAUUCCAAGAGAAAUCUAUCCAUAUAGCUUAUAGAAGUGUCAUUUCUCCCACGGCCACUGAUAAUGACAUCAUUAAAGAGCUCUAUAAGCACAGGACUACGCAGACAACAAUAUUUAUCGUGCAUAUGUCACUUUCUCUGGCAUCUCGCCUCUUCUUAAAUGUGAAAAGGUUGGGAAUGAUGAGUAACAGAUAUGCUUGGAUUAUGACCGGAACAACCAUGAAACUUUUGCAUUCCAUGGAUUCGGAAGGCAUUGAGUCAUUGCAAGGGGCAUUGGGUUUCAAGUCUUAUAUUCCAUCAUCAAGCGAGCUGCACAAUUUUAAUAUAAGAUGGAAAAAUGGGUUUUAUAUUAAGAACCCUGCAAUGGAAGUGAAGGACUUGAAUGUGGAUCAAGGCAUGGGAGCGAGCUUACUUGACUUGGCUAACAUUAGUGUCUCUCAAAGUGGCACAACACUCCUGAAUGAGAUCCUGCAAAUCAAAUUCAGGGGUUUAAGUGGUGAGUUUCAGAUUCUGAAUGGAACAAUGAUAUCCAAGAAAUUUGAUGCAGCACUGGGGGAUAUAACCAUCACGGACAAUAGAUCUCGAUAUGUUGCCUUUAUAAUGCCUUACACCGAUUUGGGUGUUGGAAUGAUAACACGUAAGCCUAUUCGCGACAAAAACAUGUGGAUCUUCUUGAAGCCGCUUGAUGCAAAUCUAUGGUUCACGAGUGGAGCUUUCUUUAUAUUAACAAGCUUUGUUGUUUGGGUAAAUGAAGAUUUUCAAGGAAUAUCUAUUGCUAGCAACUUGAAUUUCAAGGAUGAUAGACUUGAGCCAUGUUUUUCACCCAAUGACUACACUAAUGCGCUAUCAAAAGGAAGCAAGAAUGGUGGUGUUGCUGCCAUUGUUGAUGAACUUCCAUACGUCAAAAUCUUCCUUGCCAAUGCCAAGUAUUCUGCAGACUACGCCAUGUUUGCAUCUGAACCUCUCACCAAUGGUUUUGGCUUUGUGACCUUCUCAAAAGGUUCACCUUUGGUCUCUGAGAUAUCAAGGGCAAUUGCAAAGCUAAGAGAAGAUGGAAAACUUGAGAAGAUGGAAAAAACAUGGUUUAAUACUCAAUCAUCUUUUAUGCCCCAUGGCUCUGAGACCAACCCCAACGUUCUGAACCUUGAUAGUCUUCGUGGUUUAUUUCUCUUAAGUGGGAUUUCUUCAGUGUUAGCUCUUCUCAUAUUCUUGGUUUUCUUUCUUAACGAGAGAUUUUGUGUCAAAAAUCAUGUCUUGAAGGCUCAAGGAAAAGUGUUGUUCAUGAUGAAGAAUCUGUUCAGUAGAAUCGCCAUCAUGAUCAGAGAAAACAAUGCAAGAUAG